GGAAAUAGGAGAGGGAGUCAAGUACUUUCAUCAGCUCUAAACUCUUUCCUAUUUGUUGCAGCUAGGAGCAAACUUUAAACAGACACCCACAGUAAGCUCUCAGACUCCCAGCUAAGGAAAUUGUUUCCUUUUUCACUUCUGAAUUCACUUCAGAAGUCGAGGAAUCCCACCAGCAAAGCAAGCAGACCCAUGAGUGACCCACAACUCUAUUAAGCCCUGGAGGAUCGCCUGCUGCCUGGAACCUGCCGCCAGACAGGGAGCUCAUUGCUUCUUUAUUUUCAUGCUGUUGGGUCAGUGCACUGAGCAGGAAAACAGUGUGAGGAAGUUUGGGGCAAAGCCAAAAAGUAAGGUAAAUAAUCAGCACAGCCGUGAAGCACAGACUUUGAUACUGCCUAAAAAAGGAACUGCCGGUGAGGAAAAGAAAAGGGAGGUGUAUGAAGACACGUUUUUAUCCCACCAUGUCCUGAGGGGACACACAUUGUUCUCUCUCAGGUUUUCCCAGUUCUGGAUAAAGGCAAACACUGGAGCGCUUUAGCUAUCUUGGCUAUUUCUUGAUCAGUUGUUGAAGGGUUUCUUUUUUUUUUCAUGUUGUUGCUUGCAGUAGUUUGCAAGAGAAGACAGCUUAUCCAGGAUAGUGUUUUUCUAUGAGCUGGAAACUUUGUUCUUUUUAUUUUUUUCUUCUCUUCACUUUGAAGCUGACAGGUGCUGGCAUUAAAAACAACUUUCAAAACUCCCUUUCUUAGGAAAAUAUAAGCCUGACUGUUUUUCGACAUAUCCCUGCUGGAUUUAAAACUGUUGCCAAACAUAAGGAAUAUCAUUACUUUAUCCGAAACAGGAAUACGGGAGUCAUCUUUAAAUGGGAUUAUGAAGGAUCUACGUAGUGAUUAUCUGCUACCCAUGUUGCCAAGCCUGGAACAAUACUUUCUUGUAAAGGGUGCUGUGAUCAUGCUGUUUUGAGGGGGACUCCCAUUUGCAAAUCUCAAGUGCUGUUAGUGUGUGUGUGUUUACCCCCUAUUCAUCCAAAUGAUCCUCUUAGUGCUACUCCUCAGGGUCCUAACUACUGCACUGGACUUCCCGCUACAUGGGGUACAAGCUGAUUCCAAUUUGAGCAGCAAGUUUCACUAUGGAAGUGUCAAGGAGCAAAAUGGAGUACAAGACCCCCAACAUGAGAAGAUUGUUUCCGUUUCGUUCAAUGGAAGUAUUCACAGCCCUAGGUUCCCUCACUCUUACCCACGCAGCACAGUGCUGGUGUGGAGGCUGGUAGCAAAGGAAGAACAUUUAAGGAUACAAUUGACCUUUGAUGAAAAGUUUGGGCUGGAAGACCCUGAAAAUGAUGUAUGCAAGUAUGACUUUGUAGAGAUCGAAGACCCCAGUGAUGGCACAAUUCUUGGACGCUGGUGUGGCUCUACUGCAGUGCCAAGCAAACAAAUAUCAAAAGGGAAUCAGAUCAGAAUACGCUUUGUAUCCGAUGAAUAUUUACCUUCGGAACCAGGAUUCUGCAUCCAUUAUACACUUCUCACACCACAACAAGCAGCGCCUGCAAGUCCAUCAGUCCUCCCGCCUUCAGCAUUGCCAUUAGACAUUCUAAGUGAAACUGUUGCUCGGUUUGAGACGCUGGAAGAAGUAAUAAGAUACCUUGAGCCAGACAGAUUGCAUUUGGACAUAGAAGAUUUAUACAGACCACCAUGGCAAUUACUCGGAAAAUCCUACAUGUAUGGCAGAAAGAACAGAGUUGUGGAUCUGAAUUUGCUAAAAGAAGAAGUCAGAUUGUAUAGCUGCACCCCAAGGAACUUUUCAGUGUUUUUAAGGGAAGAACUGAAGCGGACUGAUGUUAUUUUCUGGCCCAGUUGCCUCUUAGUGAAGCGCUGUGGAGGAAACUGUGCAUGCUGCAAUCAUGUGUGCAGAGAGUGCCAAUGUAUGCCUACUAAAGUCACCAAAAAGUACCAUGAGGUCCUUCAGCUAAAGCAAAGGAAUGGGAUGAAAACAUUGCAAAAAUCUUUGGCAGAUGUCCCUUUGGAACAUCAUGAAGAAUGCACCUGUAUGUGCAAGGGUAACACUGGAGGAUAAAUCAAGUUGGAGAUGCAUGAGAUUUUUAUAAAACACACAGUAGCAUGCUGUUUAUACAGGAGCAUGCUGUUUCUUAAGGAAGAACAUUGGUUUACACUGUAAAUUUGGAAGCUGGACUCCGAGCCUUGCAAAUUCACAAAAGCAAUGUGUCCAAAUGAGAAGGAACUCUAGUUGCCUCCAGCUCAAAAUGCUUCUAAAAGGUUUCCGAUGCCCAGAUUUGCCAGUAGGUUUAGCUGAUGGAACUUUUAUAUGAAUACAGACUAGUUGCCCACCCUGAAAAGAGAGAGACUUGCAGAUGGGUAAAAGCUUCACAACGGCAUCACAUUUUAAGAUAGUGGAAUUCAACUUUUUUAUUUUGAGGUCUGCUUUGAAAAUCCAAACUGCAUGAUAUAGUCUUACUUGUAUGCUUCCAUUUCAGAGGCAGGAACACAUGAAUUAAAAAACACUGAGAUUGUUCCUUCUGGAUCAUCUUGUGCCCAUUAUUUGAACUUUAUUUGCUAAUGCAGUGUGUUUGGACCAAUACGAAAACCAACUACCAAAACAUAAACCGUUGCCAUUUUCAAUUAAAAAGUCAUUUGGUUUUUGUUUUCUUAUUUUCUGUUAAUUUUGUACAUUUUAUACACUUUUGACAUAUGUAUUCACAUUUCUUAUUGUCUUAAGUUUAUCUAUUUUUACUUAGGGUAUUUAAUGUGCUGCCUUUUUAAGCAUUAGUUAAAAAUUCUAACUUGUGUUAUAGAACCCAUCGAAUGAUGCUCGAACGUCAUUAUUUGUAUAUGGUGCUAAACAGUGAAGUAAUGUGGGUUUUCAAGUUUUAAGAGUAAAAUGUCAGAUACAAAGAAUAUAUUGGUACUGAACUGCUUCUUACAAUACUCUUAAAUGUAUAAUAUUAACUUAAUUAUGGGUUUUGGAAGAACAAUAUGAUCCUUUUUUUCGGUAACACAAUAAUACAAUUUUGAUUUGGUUAAGUGUUAUGUGUCUCAAAUGUUUUGUUUGUUUUUUUAAUAAAUUGGUCUGUACAAUGUACAAUGGAGCUCAUUACAACAAAGUUGGAAAGGGGGAAAAUACUGCAAGUCUGGAGGGAAAAGUUACUAGCCCACUUUAUUUUUAAUAAAGCAGAUGUCAACAUGU